ACAUUGAAACGUAUUUUAAAACCAUUGUAAAUAAAUCUAAUCUUAUUUUAUAAAAGGAAGCAGUGUUAAAAUCCAGGCAGAUAAGGAGGUAGUUAACCAGAAUGAGGUGACGUGUCCCCGAGUGAAGUGUACAAGCAGAGGCUGCGAGAAAAGGGGGACCAUUUUGGCUCCACCGCAGUUCAGCAGUGUUUUAAAUUACAGCGCAAUUGAGCCAACAUGGGAAACAAACCGCUUCAGUUUCAUCGUAAUCCACAACCACUUCCUGCUCGCAGCAAAUUGUGAAGUGUGGUCGGGGUUAUAUCGUCCUGUGCAUGUUCUAGGUGUGUAGAUAAUCGUAUUGGUAGUAAAUAACAAAGGUAGUUUAUACCUGACAUAUGUGCAAGUGUUUAUUUUGCACUGUUUUUCCAAAAUUUGUAUUGAUAUUUAAUCGGGCUUGUAUUUUUACUUGAUGAAAACGCAAGUUUAAUAUUUGUAUUGUUGAUUAUAACAACUAGUCAUUAAAUUACAUUCCACGCAUUUUACCACGUUAAGGCGUGAUAUUACCAUUUUUUAUAUAGGAUUGUAGCUGUCGAUUACAAACAACUGACCGAUUAUAAUGCUACCAGAAUAAAACAGUACACUGCUGUUUUUUUUCAGGUUAAACUUGGCUUGGUCAUUGCGUCAAACUGUUAAAAAAGUAAACCAUAGGAUUUUAUUCACAGAGACAGUGCUCCUCUCCGGAAGAAUAAACUGAUUAAACCAUAAAACAGUAAUUACAUAAUCCAUUAUAUACACUGUGUUCUAAUAUAAAAUUAAUCAGAGCUACUAGUACAAUGGUGAAUGUGGUGUUUCUGCACCCGGAUUUGGGGAUCGGCGGUGCAGAGCGUCUUGUGGUGGAUGCCGCUCUGGCACUACGUUCCAAAGGCUGUAAGGUUCAGAUAUGGACCGCACACUACGACCCAGACCACUGCUUCUCAGAGACCAAAGACCCCGACCUCCCCAUAGUCUGCGUGGGGGAUUGGCUGCCCACAAGCAUCUGCGGAUACUUCCACGCACUCUGCGCCUACAUUCGCAUGGUGUACGUUGCCUUGUACCUCAUCAUCUUCAGCGGGGUGGAAUUUGACGUUGUGUUUUGUGACCAGGUAUCGGCAUGCAUCCCUGUAAUCAGACUCGCUAGGAGGAAGAAGAAAGUUCUUUUCUACUGCCACUUCCCAGACCAGCUCCUCACAGCACGCAGCUCGUUCCUCAAGAGAAUCUACAGGGCUCCCAUCGACCGCCUGGAGGAGGCCACCACGGGCAUGGCUGACUGUGUGGUGGUCAACAGCCAGUUCACAGCAGGCGUCUUCAAACGUACCUUUAAGUCCCUGUCCAGUGUGCACACAGACGUCCUGUACCCUUCGCUGAAUUUCAGCACCUUCGACAUAGAACCUUCAGAGCUUGGCGGAUUGGUCCCAGCAGAGAAGAGCUUUGUGUUCCUAUCUAUCAACCGGUACGAGAGGAAGAAGAACCUGCCCCUGGCCCUGGAAGCCUUGAAGGACCUUCAGGGCAGGCUCUCUGGAAGUGAGUGGAAGAAGGUUCAUCUUGUGAUGGCUGGUGGCUAUGACGAGAGAGUGCCAGAGAAUGUGGAUCACUACAAGGAGCUCAAGGACUUAUCCAUUAAGCUUGGCUUAUCGGACAGUGUAACCUUCCUGCGCUCCUUUUCUGACGAGCAGAAGAUCUCCCUCCUCCAUCACUGCACCUGCGUCCUCUACACGCCCAGCAAUGAGCAUUUUGGCAUUGUCCCUGUGGAGGCCAUGUACAUGCGCUGUCCGGUCAUCGCUGUCAACUCAGGAGGCCCGCUUGAGUCCAUAGCCAACGGGGAAACUGGAUUCUUGUGCGAUCCCCAGCCAGCAUGCUUCGCUGAGGCCAUGGAGAAGUUUGUGAAGGACCCCGGCCAACGACCAAGCAUGGGGGAGGCCGGGAGAGACCGGGUUUUAAAGCGCUUUUCUUUGGAUGCGUUUUCGGAACAACUGUACCAAUACAUCUGUAAACUGACAGAAUAAAGCACACAUGGAGAAGGUAUUUUGAAUGCAAUUGAAUGAUUACAUGGAACCUGUAAUAUUUUCUAACUUGAGCUGGACUUCAAUUUAGUUUUUUUGUAUAUCCUUAAGAAACCUAAAUUCGAUGUUCUAAAAGCAAUUACUUUGAACCACCCUAGAUGGACUACAGAGCCCCAUAAUAACUGUAGACCAUGUACUGUAUCCAUGCAUUCCUUGUAAUUGUUCCAAUAAAAAAAAAAAAUCUCUUUAGCUAUUGGAAAAAAAUAAACAUUGUUGCCACAUUAUAUAAGUAGGUAUUAUUUCAGACUCAUCCCAUUGUAGCUAACAAAAUAAUUCCAUGCACGUUCAUCUACUAAUUAGUCUCCAGUGUUUAGUUUUCAAAAUAAUCUCUGUUUUCUCAAACACAUCUGUUCAUUUUAAGUCCUGAUUUAUUUGGAACUAUACUAUGUUUAAAAAAAAAAAAAAAUCUUCAUUUGCAGGCCUUGUUUUCAGAUAGUCUUCCACUUGCAUGGUCAUUUCACCCAGAAAGUGAAAUUUGUCCCAACCCAUUGAGAGCCUUCUGUUUUGUCAGUAGGCAACCAGCUGCUUCCCCUAAUGUCUGACAUGCUAUGCAGCCAGUAAGAUGCUUCACCCUGAACAAACUGAAAUGAGGUGAAAUGACCUGUGAAGUGUAACAGACUUCUUAAAGGCAAGAGAAGCAAAACUAAGACAUUUCUUUAACCAGUAUAGUACCAGACAUAGUGUUAGUUUCGUUGAUGAAAUUGGUGAUGAAAAUGUUCGUCAACAAACUGUUUUUUUGUUUUAGUCAGUGAGGACUAUAAGUGGAUUUGUGAAAUAAAUUGGAAAGUGAAACGAAUGAUGAAAUAGGGUGGUGUACAAAAAAAGAUUAGUUUCACAAAUUUUGGUUUUAAUAGUAAUAACCCACAAAUUAAAAUGCUCACAUACUGUUACGCUGUCUGCUAAGCCAAAAACGCAAACAUAUGUUGACUUAAUAUGUCCAAAGUAGGCCAAAAGUGCUGCAAUGAGUUUGUCUUUUUUUUUUUUUUCAUGUUUAGUUGACUAAGUUUCAAUAUUUUCCUUGUUAGGUUGAAAGGCGCCAUGCAGUAUUUUUUGCGCUGUAGCAGUUUGCAUUUAAAAAUAAAGUGCGUUUCUUUCA